AAUUCCCAACGGCAAACAGUUGGCGUUGAUAAGAUUUGACUGCUGCACCAGAUCUGAAGCAACUUCUGCUAAAAUGAUAGGAUCGCUGUGGAAAAAAGCUCCUCCGAGGGACCCUGAUGGCAAGGGCGUCGACACUUGGCUUGCCCUGCGGAGGGAAGCUGAGGGCGCCGAGGGUCUUUGGCGCAUUCACGACAAGCUCUAUGACUUUUCUAAAUUCGCCGCCAUCCACCCUGGGGGCGAGGAGUGGCUCAAGUUGACGAAGGGCACGGACAUAACAGAGGCUUUUGAGACCCACCAUAUUUCACCUAUGCCCAGCAGGAUGCUCAAGAGAUUUCAAGUGCGAGAGGCGAAAUCAGAAAGACUGCCACCUUACACAUUCAAUCCUGGCGGAUUUUACGCAACGCUGCGAGGCCGCGUGUACGGCGUGUUCCCAGAGCUCGAAAUGCGCGGCAUCAGCAUCCAAACGCGCAUCUUAGCCGACACCGUCGCCUUUUCCUUUUUCUUGUUCGUCGGUCUGGCCGCAGCCUACCAGAGUUUCAAACUCGCGGCAUUCGCGGGAGUCCUCCUCUGCAUGCUCACUGUUGCCUCGCACAAUUUUUUCCACCUACGAGAAAACUGGAGGCGUUAUUACUUCGAUUUGAGCCUCAUGUCUUCGUCAGACUGGCGUGUUUCCCAUGGUUUGAGUCAUCACUUGUAUCCCAACUCUCUCUACGACCUUGAGAUAUCCAUGUUUGAGCCAUUCAAUAUUCGAUGGCUGCCCGUGGAAAAGUCGCUCUUUACGAAAGUCUUCCCGUGGAUUGGCAGCGUCAUCGUCUACUGCUUUGUUUUCCCGUCGGAAAUAAUCCGAAGGGUGCAAAACAGAGGUUUUCAAAAAGGCGACCUUAUUCCUUUCAUCGUCCCUCUGGUCAUGCUGCGAUACUCACCAGAAGGUCACGUCCUUCCAACGAUCCUCCUAUGGAUUACAGUGGUGCUAUCGGGCAGCCUCUGCUUUGGAAUAGUAGGGGUGAACGCCGCGCACCACCACCCUGAAAUCUUCCACGACGGUGACACGCCUCGCGCAGACACCGACUGGGGAUUGGCGGCGCUGGACACGGUGCGGGACAGACCCUCCGUCAGCGGCGUGCGCGGUGGGCUGAGCACCGACGCCAACGGCGCCCUCCGGGUGGUGGUGGACGCGCGCAGGAGCAGUGACCUGGCAUCCUUUGUCAAGGUCAUGUUCAAUUUCGGCCACCACUCGCUGCACCACCUCUUCCCCACCAUCGACCACUGGCACCUGCCGCAGCUCUAUCCCGUGCUCGAGCAAACGCUCAACGAAUUCGGUAUCCCUUUCAACACCCUCUCCUUCUCAGGCUUGCUAAUCGGGCAGCUCCAGCAGGCCAGUAGGUCAACUCCCAAUCCGCUACCACCAAAAACUCUGAAGAUGAAAUAAAUUUUUUAACUCAUA